AUGGAGGAAGCAGAAGAUGAUAUGAUACAUGGAGACUUGGGAAACGGACUUGGGAGGAGACCGGGAGGGGUUUAUGAAGGGAAAAAUUUGCAAAACCCCUAUUCAUCUGCAUGUAGGAAGGGGUCAGGGAAGGUCUGCGAUUUUCUCUUGUCGGCAAAGGGAGCGGAAGAAAAUGACGCUGCCGCUCUUCCUGGCUCGAAACGAAACCGCUUUCACGACGGAUCACCCCAAAAGCGUGUUUCUAGUUCCACACGUCAAAACAGCUGUGAAUCUGAUGCUGAAGUGUCAAAGGAAGAUUUAAAGCAGCAGCUUCAGGAAGCUUUAGAGGAAGUUGAAAUUUUGAAAGUUGAGCUUGAAGCAUCUCGAAGACAGCUUGAAGGAAAGGAUGAAGCCCUAAGAAUUCUGCAGAGCAUGGCAGUGUUUAAUAAAGCCACUAGUCAUACAAAAGCUAUGCUUCAAAAAACUGAGGAAGAAAAGAGAACUUUAGAAAAGGAAAUAAAUAUUUUGCAAUGGGAAAUUGAAUUUGAUCAGGAUAGAUUUAAAAACAUAGAAGACACAUGGACAGAAAAAUAUGACAGGAUAUAUUGUGAAAAUGCAGCUCUUAAGGAAGCACUGAAACUGCGAACAGAAGAAGUUAAAACCCUUAAAGCAGAAAAUGCAAUCCUGAAUCAGCAGUGCUUGGAAUUUCUUGCCAUGCUAGAUGUGAAGCAACAGAAGAUUCUUCAGGAAAACAUGUCCUUGAAUAAAAGUGGCAUUACAGACUUUACAGGUCUUGAAGUAA